AUUGGUGAAAGAUGAAGGUGGCAAGUCAGAAACAAGUUUCAUUCAAAUGGUUUGGAAUGGCUGUGCAGUUCAGCAUAAUCAUACUCAGUGCCUGUUCUGAGAGGUCAUUUAGAAGAGUUUCGACGCCUCCUCUUCCUCCUCCAGUGAAGCUGAAUACCCAAGAUUCUCACGAGGUGGUAAUUACUAACGACUAUGUUUCCCUCAAUGUGGCAAAGCCCGAGGGCUAUAUCACUGGAAUAUUUACUGGAAUUAACAAUGUACUUGACACUGGAAUUCAUACAGACCAUAGAGGGUAUUUUGACGUUGUUUGGGACGAUCCAGGAAAAUCUGGAAAGUUCGACAGAAUUAGUGGGACUAAUUUCUCGGUCAUAGUAGCAAACGAGAGCAUAGUGGAGGUUUCAUUUUUAAGAACAUGGCAAACUUCAAUGAAAGGCUCAUGUGUCCCCAUAAACAUAGACCAAAGGUAUAUAAUGCGAAGAGGUGAAUCUGGGUUUUAUUCAUAUGUAAUAUUUGACAGACCACAAGGAUUACCUGCAGUGGAGGUUUAUCAAAUUAGAAAUGUUUACAAACUCGCGGUUAACAGGUUUUCCUAUAUGGCUAUAUCCGAUACUAGGCAAAGGAACAUGCCAUCUCUUACAGAUAGAAAACAGGGUAGAACCUUGGCGUACCCUGAAGCUGUUCUCUUAACCAAUCCAAACGACUCAAAAUUUAAGGGAGAGGUGGAUGACAAAUACCAAUACUCUAGUGAGAUCAAAGAUGACCGUGUUCAUGGCUGGAUUACCCAAGAUCAUUUUGCACCUGAGGGUUUCUGGAUCAUAACGCCCAGUAACGAGUUCCGCAGUGCUGGGCCUGUUAAACAAGACCUCACCUGUCAUGUUGGCCCAACUGUUCUUUCCAUGUACACGAGCACUCACUAUGGUGGCAAGGAUGUAACCAUGACAUUUAAAGAAGGGGAGACUCAUAAAAAGGUUUUUGGCCCAAUUUUUGUUUACCUUAACUCUGCUUCACUCAAAGAACAGUUUCGGACUCUAUGGCCAGAUGCUGUGAGACAGUCAUCCAAUGAAGUCGAAAAAUGGCCUUACGAUUUCGUUGGAUCAAAAGAUUUCAUUCCACCCAAUCAACGGGGAACAGUGGCAGGACUGUUACAAAUUCAAGACGGAGGAGGGAAAGCUCAACCUGCUAGCAAUGCUUCUGUUGGUCUAGCUUUGCCUGGUAAAGCAGGAUCAUGGCAGAAAGAGUGCAAGGGUUAUCAAUUCUGGAAUCAAACUGACAAAAACGGAAACUUCUUAAUUAAAAAUAUAGUACCUGGGGAUUACAACUUGUAUGCAUGGGUUCCUGGUUUUAUUGGAGAUUACAUGUAUACAACCAAAAUUACCAUCAAGCCAGGAGGCAACAUCAACUUGGGCUCACUUGUAUAUAAUCCACCAAGAAAUGGUCCUACUCUAUGGGAAAUUGGGAUCCCAGAUCGCUCAGCUGCAGAAUUCUAUAUACCAGACCCUAAUCCCGAGCUCAUUAACAGAUUAUAUUCUAACAAUGGCACAGACAAGUUUAGGCAAUACGGCUUGUGGGAGCGUUACACUGAGUUAUAUCCAAAACAAGAUCUCGUUUACACGGUUGGUGUUUCUAAUUAUCACAAGGAUUGGUUUUACGCUCAAGUUACCAGGAAUGUAAAUAAGACAUAUGUGCCAACCACAUGGCAGAUUAAAUUCCCACUUCAAAAUAUCAUAAUGGGAGGAAACUACACACUACAAGUAGCCCUAGCAUCCGCCACUUAUUCUAGAGUGGAGGUUAGGUUUAAUGACCCGAAUGUAAAGCUUCCUCACUUCUCAACAGGGCCUAUUGGCGAUGACAAUGCCAUAGCAAGACACGGAAUCCAUGGAUUGUAUAGGCUAUAUACAAUAGUUGUAGGUAGCAAUCAUUUGGUUAAAGGAAACAACACCAUUUAUUUGACACGGUCAAAAGCCACAAGUUUCUUCGAAGGAGUUAUGUAUGAUUAUAUCCGUUUAGAAAGUCCUCCAACUAAAGCUACUUGAUUGUGCCUAGUGGAGGAUGAUAAAGAAGCGUGAAUCUGUUGCAUUAGAAUUCUCUCAAAAUUUGCAUAAAAGGCAAGCAUCACAGUAUAUUUUGGCUAAAUGUAGAAAUUAUGAUGGAAGAAUAUACACUACACCAAAAUUAGUUUUUUUUUUUUUACAAUUAA